CUUUGCUCUCUCCUGCAUUAUCGAUUUCCGUUUGGUUAGCGGGGGGAAUUUGGUCUGAAUUCAUUCUAUUGAAUUUUGCUGAAGUGGUUGCACGUGGAUUGGUGUAAAGAGUAUAAAUACUUUUUGGGGCGCUUCUUAAAGACCGAGAUAUGAGUUCAGAAGGAUAUCAGCAGAGGGGAACGAGAGUGUAUGUGGGAGGUUUAAAUGAAUCAAUUAAAAAGGAAGAUUUAGAAACAGAAUUUGAGAAAUAUGGGAAAUUGAACAAUGUCUGGGUAGCAUUCAAUCCACCAGGUUUUGCUUUUAUUGAGUUUGCAAAUGAAGGUGAUGCAGAAUCUGCCUGCAAUGACUUGAAUGGCUUUGCAUUAAAUGGCUCAAAAUUGAGAGUAGAGAUUUCACGGGGAAGGGGCCGUGGAGGUAGAGGUGGAUUCCGUGGGUCAGGGGGUGGUGGUAGAGGAUUUUUUGGGAGGGGAGGCUCUAGGGGCUCAUAUGACAGAGGUAGUUUCCGCGGAAGCCGUGGUAGGGGAUCUUCAAGAGGACGCUACGGAGAUGACGACUACAGUUCCAGCCGUGGCAGCUAUGGAGGAAGCAGAGACUACGAACGUGAUGGAGCUCGUGGAUCUGGCUACAGGGUUUCAAAUAAUUACUACGGUGGUGAUACUGGCUCAUCGAGGUAUCGCAGUCGCUCCCCAGUGGGGCGUGGCAGCUCCAGGGACUAUGGGAGUGCUGAUGGUUCAUUUGGCUACGGUGGUAAUCGAUCAGGCGACGGAUACUAAAGCGGUCUGCGAUGAAAAUGGAAGGACUUAAGUCCCUUUCCUUCACGACCACAUUUUUGAUCGUCGAGAGAACGGGGCACUAUCCAACGACACCACUUUUGUGGUCGAUAAUUUCGUCACGUUAAGAGCUUCGAGAUUGUAACCGCAUCCAAAAAAUGAUCUCCGAGUUCGUCUGAAUAGCCCCAAUGUGUGGAAGAACUGCCCAAAAUGUUUUAUUUGUGAAGUGUUGAUUACUGAAACAAGAAUUAAGGAAUGAACAUUAUAGGUUUACUCAUUCUGUGUUAAGUUUUGAGUGUAUGGACAAGCUUAAAUAACAGUUGCUAUGUCAUGCAGCUUCCCAUUUUUCACACAUUAUCAUAACUUUUUUAUAUUUCAUUCUUUCACCAAGUAACUUCAGUGUUAAGAUUAAUGGUAUUACUAAAACAUAGUUUUCGUGUUUAGUGUUGAAUAAAGUCCUUCAAUGUGAGAAAGUUCAAUUUUGAUUUAAGAGCCUGGACCAUUGGUCAUGAAUCCUUUGUGUAUUUCAUUACAGUGUGGAGUUGAUACUAAUCUUUGCAGUCGGACAUUAGGUAUGUAGUUCAUUAAGUCUUCAGAAAACUCAUUUAUAUGCAGAUACCUACAUCUUCACAUGCCAUAUCAAUUUGACACCCUGUAACAUGUCUGGUGAGUAUUAGAUAUAGAAGUUAUAUUUGCAGUAAAAUCUACCUGUUUCAUCUGGAUUAAGCUGUAAUAGAUCAAAAAGUCACACAUUACAUUCAGUAUAAUUAACAACCAUGCAGUUGGUGCAUGGUCCUUGACCGAUUGCAGUGAAAUACACCAGGACAAACAUGCCCACUAGAAAGCACAAUGCUGUGUUUUACAAUUAAAUGAUUGUAUGUUAGAUGAAUGUGGAUGGAUGCAGCCUUGCAAAUAAUUAUAAUAAUUGGUGUCUGCUUCACAUUAAAGUUGAUUGGGAGUAGUAGUCCCAUGUGUGCUAGUACUGACGUUAGUGGUGAAACAGUUUUUUCUAAGCUAUCAAACUUUUGUCUUCAGAAGAUAUUAUGCUUCAGUUGGUGAGUAUAGAAAUUGAUUUAUAAAGGUGUAGUGUCCUUGUGGUAAUAAACAAAUCAUUAAAUUUGUAACAUACUGAUUUCCAUACCUAACACAGUAGCAGUUACAGUGUAUUGUCAGAAUUGUGGCUUAAAAGCUUUUCAGUUAGAAUGUGUAUCGUCCAUUCAAAAUUCAGAUUAAUUUUGCUUUAAAAAGUGGAUUUUCCCUUUAACUGUGCUUUUAGUAGUAGAUCCUUUCCCUUACAUUUGGGACAUGCACAUAUAUCGAAGUCUUUAAGUUUAGCACUGGUUUACACAACAGUAUUACAAAUUGUGAUACGAAGUGUUGCUGUUUGUGUUCUUAUUGUAAAGCAGAUUUAAUUGCUGGGUUAUGACAUCUCUGGGCCCAGUGUUUUGCAGAGCAAUCAUGUAAACAAUUUCUUCAAUUUUUAUCCAGAUACUGUUUUUAAGGUACAGUUGGCUAACAUUUUAAAUCAUUUUGUCAGCUUCUGUUUGAUCUUUGCCAGAAGUAGUAUCUUCAAUAUAAAGUAAAACAAGAUUUUAUAAAUAGUACCCACAUUCUAAACAUCCAGGGUGGUAUUUAAUGAUGCUAAAGCAUUGGUGAGAUUGAGAAAAUGGUUACAUUACCUCAAGUAACCAGCAGUGUUUAAUGAAGUCUUAAUUGCUUAUAGGGAAUUAUGCACUGAUUUAGUGUGAAAUUUGACAUGUGCAAUGGGUAAUAUAACAUUUUACAAGUGUCAUCACCUUUUUUUCUAGGAGAGGGAAGAAAUUGUCUGAUUGCCGCCUUUAAAUUUUAAUUAAAAAGGCUGUGUCUUUAUCUACUUCAGUUUUUGCCAUGCCAUAACAUCAGAAUUUUAGAAAAUUCAUUUCAGAGCUUAACUGUUUCACUUACACAACGGUAUUCUGUGGGGGGGGGGGGGGGGGUAGCAAUGAGUAUUGGCUGUUAGUGGGUAGAAAAUUUAAAAAGGUGACUUUAAGGAGUGGUAGAAAUAAGGGUGAGAAAAUUGAUGCUUCAUAGUACUUCUUAAAUAUGUUUUAUUGGAAAUUCAGUGUGCUUUGACUUAUGAUACUUUUUAUGUGAUUAUACUUCUGUAGUUGGUUUACACAAUGGUAAAUUUAAUGUCUUAUGCAAUUUGUUGCAUGUGAAAACCUGACAGUCUUUCAUUCAAACCCAGUUUGAUAGCAGCCCCACUUGAAGUUAAAUUCUGCUUCAGAAUUUGUCAUGAGUUACGAAGAAAAUUCGCAUUGGCCUAUUCAAAAGAUGAGUUUUUGAAGUCUGAUAUUGAAUUUUAGUUUGCAUCUGCAGUUUGUCAAGCUAUGUUGGUCAUUAGAACUUGUACUAUUCAGUAAGUGUUUUACAUGCUAGAGAUUUGUUCAUAUUUCAUGAAUACAUGAAGGAACCUGCAUCUGUUGUGUAUUGCCAUUUUGUUAAUGUGGAACUCCUUGACUCUGGAGAACCAGAACAGCAGCACUACCAGAACUAGAUAGUGUUAGCAAGAACUGGAUGUAAUCAUUGGAAUUAUAGUACUGCAAAAACUACAAUAUUUAACCAAGGAAAAUUUGCAGGUAUUUAGGCUUUUAGUUUUGUUGUGCAGUGUAUAGACUUAUGUUCAGUAUCCAGUCACUUGCAGGAUUAAUCCAAACAAAUGUUCUGUGCCUGAAGAUUGAUGAAAUAAGUGAAGCUUGUUUCAUUAAACUCUUCAUGUGUUAAUGCUGCUUUAUAUUGGUAUUGUUUGUAGAAAUGUUAGAGUUGAAACACAGCAAAUGUCAUCUCAAACUGAAUCACAUAGGCGCAUAACUGGUGCAUUUGUCAUUACCAUCACCUUGGUAUUACAUUCAUAUUUCUUCCUUUCUUUAUGGGGUGUAUUGGAGAGAAAGGUCUUCGAAGUAGCCCUGUGGUUACUUGAAAUCUUAAGUCCACCUCAAGACAUAUUACAAAACACUAGUGAAAUAGCAUGUGUAAUAGAGGUGAAUAAUAUAUUACUAUUUGCACUUAAUGGAUUUUAAGCAAAGAAUUUGGUGUGCCACCUCAGAUUUUCUGGUUUGACAAACCCCAUUUUCUGUUGACUUUGGAUACUGUGGGUGAGUCAGAGUAAUGCAUGAUUCGGUCACUCAUUUAACACUGCAAAACUUGGUUAAUUACAGAUUAAAGUGUCAGCUUUUGAUUCUAUAGUGUGAUCUCUUUUGCUCUUUGAUUGUGAAUAUUCUUGUGGCUUUCCUUGGUUGGAGACAGUAUUUGAGAAAAGCAUAAGUUGCUAGAGUUUCUUGUAAAUCUUAACAUAAUUAAGUUCUGCAUGAUGUGCUGGUUUUAUUUGCAUUUGACAUGAAGGCUGAGUGUGAGCUUAGUUGUUCAGCACUGCAGUGUCAAGAGUAUUUAGAAAUCCUCAGGUAUAUGGGUGAAGAUAGGUGCAUCUGACUGCUUACUGCAAACGUAAUUUGACACAGGAUUUGUUUUAUUCAUUUUAAAUAGUUUCAAAAUUACUUAACCUUUAAGUUUUUAAUUUUAAAUUUAGUGUGCUGGAGUUAACCUGAAUCUUAAAUCGCUCAGAAUAUACUGUAGAAACAAUUUAACUCAUGUGCAAAGGGACAGAAGUGAUCUGAAAAGAUUUGACUUUGUAUCCUACAAUUUUUGGCAAGGACUACAUGUUUGGUAAACUUCUCCACUUGAGGUACAUUUGUUAAGAUGUUCAUAAACAGUGCUGCAAGUUUACAAAAGUGAAACCAAAUAAUCAGUCUGCAUUUGAGAUUAGCAGUUUAAAUUGUCAAAACUUUACAGCAAAUUGAACACACUAAAGAAUGGUUUCAAAAGAAUAGUUGCAAAUAGGUUAAAUAUCUCUUCAAGGUUUGUGUGUGUAUGACAAAUACAUUACUUGUAAGACAGUAAUUACAGCUUGAUUAUUUUUGUAGAAAUCAUAAAAAGUAAACAUUCAGACAAUAUUAGGCAGCUAACAUUACCAUGAGGCCACUGGUGACCACAGCAGAGCAUUACACAUGGCCCCCACCAGCAGCCACACCAUACUCCAGCCUGAUAGUGAAUCAGCCAUCACUGUGUGGCAGUCCAUGUUCUACAAGAAGGGGGUCAUAAAUAGCAGAUAACUGUUUCAACAAUGUGUAAUGGUACUGUAUUGGAUAUGAGCAGUGUCAGCCCAACAGUGAUAAAGAGGUGCAGGAAGCAUUUAAAGUAUGGUGCUUGAUAGAAUUGUGAUGAAAUUCAGAAUGGAAGAAACAUUAAACCAAAAUUUAGUGAUUCACAGAGUAAUGCAGUAUGUUAAGUUAGCUAUGCACUUCUAAAUUGGUGUUACAUACAUAGUUUCCAAACCUUAUUUACAGAAUUAGCAUUGUACAGAAGUAAUGUAUUUCAGUGUUGUACAUUUCAUUGUCAAAUAAAGUGGAUCUUCUUUAAAAUUAAA